GGCUUUUACUUUUGUUUGAUGGGGGUGGGGGGCUAUUUCGCUGCAUGGAUUGGUCUCUUAAUUUUGCCUGCUUUUUAGACGUUUCUCGGGCUUGUUUUUCUUUAUCCUUGAUCAACAUCGGGAGCUCGCUCUCGCGCGCCGGAAGUUGUAAUGGGGGGCGGAGGGCGGUGGAUGGCAGUAUGAAUUAAUUUGAAUUUAAUGUCCGGCGCUUCCUUGGUCUAAUCAAGAGGUUGUAGUUUCAAGAGCAAGAUGUUCAACAUCAAGAAUAUUGUAAAGAAUAUCACAGAUCGGGUGGAGGGCGGCCGAACGGCGUCUGUCUCGUCAGAGAGCGAUGUACCCGUCGGCGGCGCCGAGGGCUUCCUCUGCCCAACAUGCAUGAAAAGCUUCCCGAGUCCCGAGGAGCUACAGCAGCACGACCAGACGGCCCACCUCGACCCGUCGGCCACCUACCUAUGCCCCGUGUGUAAGGCCCGGCUAACGUCUUCGGACGACCUGGAGCAGCAUUUCACCAAGAACCACCCGUCCGGCCUCCUUUCGGACAACGUGCAGGUUCUGCAGCACGAGCUGGCGGACCUCAGCACGUCUCUGUCGGAGGAGCGAUGGUACAGCGACGAGCUGCGCCGGGAGGUGGCGCGCCUUCAGCAGCUGGUGGAGGUCAACCAGCUCGACGGGACUGCCAGCGACCAGCGGCCGGCGGCUGACACUCAGGCUGACUCUGAGGUCGCCAAUCUCCGGAAACAGCUCACCGAGGCUCUGAAGAGCAUAUCGUCUCUCCGGCAAGCUUACAAAGCUCUGCAAGAAAAGGCCGGCGGCUAUGCCACUGAGAAGGCCGCGCUCAGCGCUGCUGUGGACGAGGCGAACGGACGCGUGCAGAUGCUGGAGAGUCAGCUGAAACUCAAAGAGAGUACCGAUGACGCGGCUGUGCUACGGCAGGAGCUGGUGCAAGUUCAGCAGCUCAUGGACACCGCCGCGCGGCAGCAGGAGGAGGAGCGGCGUCAGCUGGAGUCGGAGCUGCAGCAGCUCAGGGACAAGUGUAAAAAUCUGGAAGAAGGGGGCCAAAAGCCUGAUUCCGGGGACAUACCUAGCAUGGAGGAGGUGGAACGGCUGACCGCACAGCUGACCCUGCGGAGUCAGACCCUGCAGUCGCGGCUGGACGAGACGAUGGGCUCACUGGACGGAGCCACGGAGAAGUUGGCCGAGACCGAGCGGCAGCGAGAGCAGCUGGACACACAGCUGAGUGCCAGCCGAGAGGCGGUCAGUAGACUGGAGGCCGAGCUGGCUGCGUCCCGUGCGGCGCUCGAGGGGGAGCGACAGGAGCGACAGGCGGCCCGAACGGAGGGUGACGCGCGCCAGACCCGGCUGCAGGAGCUGGAGCAAGAGUCUGCGCAGCUGCGCACCCAGCUGGACACGCUGCGCUCUCAGCAGCAGCAGACGGCUGCCAGCGAGCAGCAGCUGCGGGUGGCCGGCAGGGAGAAAGACGAGCGGCUGCAGGAGGCCAGCCGACGACUGGAGGACAGGGACGGUAAGCUGGCGGCGCUGCAGGCCGAGCUGGCUGCCUCUGGAGAGGAGGUUCAGCGGCUCCGCUCAGAACUAGGCGAACUGCAGGCCAAGAUCGAGAGCGGAGACGGAGCGGCGGCCACCGCCAUCCGGCAGCUGGAGGCACAAAACGCGAGUCUGCACCAGGCGGCGGCACAGCACCGCCAGCAGGCGGCUGAGCAGGCUGACCAGCUGUCCGCGCGGCUGGAGUCCACCCAGCAGCAGCUCAGCCGCGCGCAGAGCCAGCUGCAGGAGCGGCAGGAGGACGGCGACCGGCUCCGAGCCGAGCUGGCAGACACCGCCGGCCGGCUGACCGCCGCGCUCGGCUCGCUCGCAGAGACCGAGAAACACCUGGAGGAGAAGGUGCGCCAGCUAUCGGCGGAGGAGGCGGCCCGUCGGACUGACCAGGAGCGCUGCAAACAAUUAGAGACGGAGCUGGGCACCGAGCGUGGCCGCGCUGAUCAGUUGGAGCAGCGGCUGACGAAGUCUGACCAGACGGCAGCAGAGGAGAAGGGGAGGGCCGACCAGCUCAGCGAGCGGCUGCAGCGGCAGAGCACUGAGCUGGAGCAGACCAGUGGCGUGUUGGCCUCACUGCGGACAGAGAUGGAUUCUGCUCAGACCGACCUGAAGGAGGCACGGGGGGAGCUGGAGCGGCGCGGGACCGAGAACACUCGACUCCAGCAGACGGCGCAGCAGACCGAGAAAGAGCUGGCCGAGAGUCGGCUCCGCUGCCAGACUCUCUCAGAAACAGUCACCGAAAAGUCGCAGCUGGCCGCCUCGCUGGAGGAGCGUCUGUCGGCCGCACAGACCCGUCAGACGGAGCUGGACACCCAGCUGGCGGCGGCCGAGCAGAGACAGCAGGAGCUGCAGCGCACGCGCGACACGCUCGAGGCCGAGAAACUACAGGCAGAGAGCAGCCUGGCGCAGCUCCGGGAGACCUCCAAAACGCAACUGGCAGAGAAGGAACAGGAGGCAGCGACACUGCGUGCGGCGACCCAGGCGGCCGAGGAGCGGUCAGUCCGACUACAGGAGACGGUCACUGAUAAGGAGAAACGCUGUACAGAGCUGACUGAGGAGCGGGACCAGUUGAAGGCCGAGCGACAGCGGUUGGAGACCGAGAAAACUGAACUGACCGCCCGACUGGAGAGUUCCGAGUCGGCGGCUGCCGGGGUGCGCUCGGAGCUGACACAGCUCCAGACGCGCUAUGAGCUGCAGGUAGAGACGCUGCAGGAGAGCCUGGCCAGUCUGCGGGCGGAGCUGCAGCAGCAGACAGCCGUCAAUGGGGAGCUGCAGAAACGGCUGGACGAGAUUCUCGGAGAUAAACUCGAACUGGAGGCGCAGGCCAGCACUGCCGAGGACGAGCGUCGCGCCCUGGUCGAGCGCUGUCUGGACUCGGAGCGCGAGCUGGAGCGUCAAAAGUCCAGCGUGGUCGAGCUGCGCCGUAAGCUGGAUGACACGACGGCGGCGCUGCAGGAGCUGGCCCGCGAGAAUCAGCUGCUGCAGAUGGAGACUGCUCGCGCCCAGGACCGCAAGUGGACGGACGACUCUCUGGUGACCGUAUGUCACGGCUGUGACCGGGAGUUCACUCUGACCGUGCGCAAACACCACUGCCGGUCGUGUGGACAGAUCUUCUGCAAAGACUGCAGCGCACGCACCGCCACACUACCCAGCAGCAAGAAACCGGUGCGGGUGUGCGAGCCGUGCUUCGCAGAGGUGACCUCCAAAUAGACGGCCGGGAUGGAGCUUUUAGGAUCGUCGGGCGUACCAUGGCGGCUGCGUGUCCCCCCCCCCCCCAUGACGCCCAGCGUCAGCGGGACUUUUUCUGUCCCCAAUGUGUGGUGUACUCACUGGGGGCUGAAAGGGGUUCUAAAGAGCGACAUCGGUAUACCAUAAAGAUGAGAUAUGUAUUUACGUGCUUAACUGUUCGAUUGUGACCGAUUUGUAACGAUGUACGCGUUCUAAGACGCAGCUUCGCUGGGGCAGUCUGCACGCUUCUGUGGCUCGUGGCGUGCUGUAUCCGAGGUGUCAGGCUGCGGGACUGACCGCGCGCCGGUCAGACCUCUGCCUGAGGGUACCUCUCGCGGUCGCGCACGCUGCCAACUGCCGCCGGCCGCAGUUCUGCACACGCUACCUAACUCAAUGCGCUAUGGGACACGGUAACUCACCUGUCCCCUAUUAUUGUUGAAUUUUAUAUAUGUACCUUUGGUUGCAUGCUAUGGGCAGUAAUCUUGUGUUGAUAUCUGGAAUACAAAUGACCGUGUGUAUAA